AUGUGUCAUGGAACUAUCGAACCAACAAUGUUGGUGGAUCUAAAGCUGGCUUUCGUGCUAUUAUUCUACAAGAGCUUUAUACAUACUUUAUUGACCAAGUCGAAUCGGUCAAGUAAUUGAAAGUUUGUGCCAAAAUUAAUAAAUUUCAAUUGUCCUUAUCUUCUCCAAGAUGAAGAAAUCUAUUCACAAUUGGAAGUACUGGGGAAUCGAACUGUCCGUAUUUUGGCUUCUACUGCUUCCUGUGUAUGCAUCUGGAGGAAAUACAACUAAUUUGACGCUGGAAGUGAGCAAUAAUUCUACGACUGAAGACAUAAUUAUUGAUUUAACUGCCUCAAAAAUUGCCUGCAAUGAAACAGCAAAAUCGUGCAAUCUAUCAGAAGGGCUCCAAUGCCGUGAUAACCUUUGCAAAUGUGCAUACGAUAAUCUAAUUUACAAUGAAGAGCAGCAAAAAUGCUUCGCCAAAGUAGGAGAACCUUGUGGAUUCUUUAUAGGAUUGGUAAAUUCAUCAACAGUUGCAUGUCCGGAAAAUGCUGUUUGUGUUUUGACAAAUUUUGAAGUGGUCAGAGACGGUCAAAACAAUCAAUACAGUGUCCACCGAUGUGCCUGUAGUUACACCAAUUACCAAAACGAUCAGGGCGAGUGUGUACCAAUGGCGAAACAUGGAGAAGGAUGUGAUGACAAGAGGAAAUGCAAUCCAGACUCGGAAUUGAUUUGUGUCAAAAAUGUUUGCGAAUGUCCUUUCAAGCAAGAUCAAUUUUUUGACUCCCAACUGCAAAAAUGUGUCUCUUAUGCUGGUGGGAACUGCACGAGAUAUUGUGUUCCUAAUUCAGUUUGCGAUUUUUAUGGAUCUGGAACUUGUCAAUGUCGGUUAGAUUACCGGGUCAACGGGGAGAGAAUGUGUGAACCUAUUCCACCAGGAUACCUCUCGCCCUGCCUCGGCGAAAAGGAGUUGUGCAAUACUGAUGCAGGGCUUAGCUGCAUUGACAAAAUUUGUAACUGCAAAAAUCCCUUACAUCAGGUUUAUGACUUCCAGCUAGACAAAUGCAUUGGACUUGCUGGAGACUACUGUGACCCGGAUGAGGUUUCUUUAGGAAAGUGUGUAAAGGAUGCUGCAUGUGUUAAGAAGAAAUCAAGCCCGGAUCAGCACGUUUGCCAAUGCAACACUGGAUUUUCCACAACUCCGUUUAGAAAAUGCAUGAAGAGUCACCAGGAAAUAUGUUCCAACGAAUUUUGCAACGUGUUUCGUGGUCUUGCUUGCAUCAAUGGCAGUUGCCAGUGUUAUGACUCAUUUCUGAAGUACGACAUUUCUGCUGAGGCAUGUGUAAGUUCUGUUGGGUCACCGUGCGGAAAAAUCUUUGCACCAGUAUUUUCAGGAGACUGGAUGAAAAUCUCUUGUCCAGAGUGUGAUUCGUAUUAUUUCACCUGUGAAAAGAACUCCCGAUGCACCAGGGAUUUUAGCCAAGGAGAAAUUGGAACGCUGGAAAAGUUCAGGUGCCAAAUACAUCCUGAUGAAUCAAGUGUUAAGUCUAAGUCCACCUGAAAGUGGGUCUUUCUCAGAAUACUUAUUCUAUUUUUACACUAUUGUACUCUACUUUACGACGAAAAUAAAUAUUUGACGUAUUUCUGUCCAAAAA